UCUAGCCCGUCAGAGCUGAGAAACAGCAAAGGACACAGAGCCAUAGGAUCUACAUGAUCACACGCCUCUCUCCUGGGAGAAUAGUACAUUGGACUGCUCAUUUCAACCGUCUGCCGAGUUUGGGAAAUAAUGAAACUUGAUCCUCUCCGUAACGUACCUACAUCGGAGGCCACCAGAAGCUACAGCUUCAUCAGCGGUGAAGGAGAGCGCUGUGUGGCAUGGAGGAGGUAUGACGGGACGAUGUACGUCACCACCGAGGCUGAAGAGUUUCUUGACCCGGUGGUCAAAGCCAUUAAAACCAAAUCUGUGGGCAGUCUGAGGGAGAUGGUGAAGAGAGGCGCUCCCCUGACAGGGAGGAAUAAGCUGGGGUGGUUACCUCUGCAUGAGGCUGCGGUGCACGGCACAAAGGAAUGCCUCGAUAUCUUACUUAAGGCCAAUCCAGAGGUCAUUGACAGAUGCACACUGAAGCAACAGACCCCUCUCUUCCUGGCGGUGUUGGUUGACAAUGUGAUCUGUGUGCAGUCCCUUCUGGAAAGGGGAGCCAACCCCGACAUUGCUGAUAAGGACAAGGAAACCCCUCUCUACAAAGCUUGCGAAGGAGAUAAUUGUGAGAUUGUGGCCCUGCUACUGGACUUUGGUGCCAGGGUGAACAAGCAGUGUAUCCAGGGCUGGACAGCCCUCCACGAGGUCGUGGGUCGGAACAAUGUGGAGAUCUGUGAGAUGCUGGUGAAGGCUGGAGCCAAGUUAAGUGCAACCAACAUCUACGGCAUCUCUCCUGUCUUCGUGGCAGCCCAGAGUGGACACGUCCAAGCUUUGACUUUCCUCAUGAACAAUGGUGCUGAUAUAAACUCCUGUGCCCAUGAUGGGGCCACAGCUCUUUAUGAGGCGUGUAAGAAUGGCCAUGGGGACAUUGUGGAGCUCUUGCUUUCUCAGAGAGCAGACGCAAACAAACCAACCAAAGCCGGCCUCGUGCCCAUUCAUAUCGCUGCUCAGCGCGGACACCAUAAGAUUGUAUCCAUGCUCGUUCCUUUCACCUGCAAGUCUAAAGUCCGUCUCAGCGGCAUCAGUCCCCUUCACCUGGCCGCCGAACACAACAACGACGACGCCCUGGAGAUCCUGAUCGCGGCCGGCUUCGACGUCGACGCCAGACUGUCCGAAGAGCGCUCCGCGAUGCACCGGGACCGGCGCGUCACGGCGCUCUACUUCGCCGUCGCCAACGGCAACGUCAACGCGGCCGCCAUGCUGCUGGAGGCCGCGGCUGACCCCAACCUGGACACCUUCAGCCCUUUACUGGUCGCUGUGCGGCAAGGCUGCAUCCGGAUGGCGUGUUUGCUGGUGGAGCACGGGGCGGACGUCAACGCCGACCUCCCGACCCGCCCCACCUCUUUCCCUGCCACGGUCCUGUUCUGCAUCAAGCACCUGUCCUUGCUCAAGUACCUGAUGGAUAACGGCUGCGACGCGACGGCCUGUUUCCAAUGUGACCACGGCACCAAACCACACCCACCCAUGAAUACUGGUUCUAAGGAUGACCUCGGUCUAAGCCAUGAGGAGCCUGGAGUACAGUUCUGUGACAUCAUCUCCAGUCCCUCGGUCUGCCGCUGGGCAGGACCAAUCAUAGACGUGCUGCUAGACUAUGUGGGGAACGUCCAGCUGUGCUCCAGACUCACUGAACAUCUGGACAGCUAUGAACACUGGGUGCACAUAAAAGAAAAGUCAGUGCCUCCGAGUAGUUUGAGGCAGCAGUGCAGGCUGAAGAUUCGACAGCAAGUGGGAAUCAAAAGACUGAAAAGCAUAGUCACCCUGCCUCUUCCCCCACGACUGAUCAACUUUCUGAACCAUGAUGAAUAGCUCUGGAAGUCACACUGGGGUUUCAACUCUGUUCUGAAAUCGGAGGAAUCGGAGGAAUUUACAGUACCGUACUGUAAAGUAUUCAUAAUUGGUCGUUGUGGCAUAAAUUGGAUCAAUUCAUGGUUGUUUCUCGAUAGUAAAUUAUUGCAUGCUUUCUUAAGUGGCCUGGCAUGAUGUUUUCCACAUGGGGGAAUCAUUACAUAAGGGGGAUUUUACAGGAAGCACCUGCAUUACAUAUCCAGCACAUUUACAUCCACUCAAAGACAAACAAACAGAUGCCUACAUCCCUCUAAAUCUCCGUAGCCCCUUCUCUAUUCCAUUUCAACAACAGUGCCAUGUGUUUUGAAUGCAACACUUCCUGUGACCUCUGACCUUCAGUCCCUUUCAAGUCCCUGCACCUGCCUCCCUGGGCCAGGUCGUUCAGAAGGUCACACGGACCAAGGGCUGCACAGUGCUUGUAGGAUGUGCUGGCUUUGCCAGUUAUCAAGUUCCCCCCCCCCAUGUGGAAGACCUAAAAAUACCUAGGUGUUAAGUUGCACUUGCUGGAGGACUGGAUACAUACACCACACAUGCAUACAUAUAUACUGUCCAUAGCCAUCAGUCAGCCAGAAUCGUACAAUGCCACUAGGUGGUAAUAAAGCUCCGUUGGAAACAAAUACCAAAUUGCCGUGUAUGAGAACUAUUCACUGCAGCUGUUGUGGUUUUCCAGACUUCUGUACGAAAAAAUGGUAGUGACUGCAGUGGGAUUACAUCAGAAACAUGCAUUGUUAACCAAUUUGAAACUAUGACUGCGUAUUUUAGAAUACACUCAGAACUGCUUUACAAGUCGGCAAAGCUGUCACAACAAAGAUUCACUCAGAAAGUCAUGGUUAGGUCCAGUACAGAUAUUUAAAACAAGGCAUAUGCACAACUACGGCACUGUAGGUAGGAAGGCAUCUUAUUGACUUUCUGAAACCCAACACAGAUGAGGGCACUGGAACCAAAAAGCUUGUUUGGGUUUAAUUAGCCAGACAAGGGAACUCCUUCUGGCCCUUCCCAAGCGAGAAUCAUCUCACGCUCACACCGCAGGCUGCUGUUCCCAGUCGGCCAUUUGUUAAAUUGGACAGCUUUCGAGAGGUCAGGGGAGAACAUCCAUUAUAUCUGAGCCAGUGUUCAAGGGAAAUGCAGGAGCAUAUUGUUGUUUGUUGUGGUGAAGAGUGGACAAAUAAAACGUA